AUGUUAAGUUUAGUUUUGUGUUGUGUCCUUGGAUUGAACACUAUUUUGGCAGAGAAAGCGCCUCGUAUGGAACUCAACGAUGGAAAUAAAAUACCCACAGUGGCUUUGGGCACCGGAAGAAUGACGGCUGGAGGGACGCAAAACGACGAAGUGCGCGAUGCCGUAUUAUGGGCAAUAGAAGCAGGAUACAGACACAUAGACACUGCUGCCAUCUAUGGAGAUGAGGAGGAAGUUGGCCAAGGGAUAGCAGAUGCGGUCCAGAAAGGCAUAGUCACCAGGGAAGAGCUGUUUGUUACUACUAAGCUCUGGAAUGAUAAGCAUGCGCGAGACUUGGUAGUGCCGGCUUUAAGGGAAUCGCUGAAGAGACUUAAUUUGGAUUACGUCGAUCUUUAUUUGGUCCAUUUCCCCAUAGCAGUUAAGAGUGACCGUUCGCCAGACAACAUUGAUUACUUGGAGACCUGGGCGGGCAUGGAGGAAGCUAAAGAGCUGGGCUUGACCAAGUCCAUAGGAGUGUCAAACUUCAACCAAACGCAGAUUGAUAGGCUAGUCGCUAAGAGUAAAGUCAAGCCCGCUGUAAACCAAGUGGAGGUCAACCCGACUCUAACGCAAGAGCCACUAGUGAGCCACUGCCAAAACCUUGGCAUAGCUGUAAUGGCGUACAGUCCCUUUGGUUUCCUGGUAGCCAGGAAGGAUCGCGAGGCACCACCCCCUAGAGCAGACGACCCUGUUCUCGUGAGGAUGGCACAGAAAUACGGAAAAACCACGGCACAGAUUGUGUUGAGAUACUUGAUCGAAAGAGGCCUAAUACCAAUUCCAAAAUCGACAAACAAGGAGAGAAUCGCACAGAACAUCGAUCUAUUCGAUUUCAAACUCACAAAAGAGGAAAUAGAUACUAUUAGCCUUUUCAAUAAGAACUUAAGAGUUGUCAGUACACCGUUUUGGAAGAAUUAUCCCAAUUAUCCUUUUUGA